UGUUUGUCUUUCAGAGAAAUCAGUCAUGGGGCUGCUGCUGCCGAUUCUUCUUGCCUUUCUUGCUGCUCUGCUGGGAGGGCUGUACCUUCUCGGGGUUUUUCGACAACGGAGACCAGGAGAACCCCCUUUGGAUAAGGGGCUCAUGCCUUGGCUGGGUCAUGUCUUAGAGUUUCGCAGGAACACAUUGAAGUUCCUGGAGAGGAUGAAGCAAAAGCAUGGCGAUGUGUUCACAGUACAGCUGGGAGGGUGUUAUAUUACAUUCCUUCAGGACCCUCUUUCGUUUGGGUCGUUUGUUAAGGAGAGCAGAGAAAAACUGGACUUCAGUAAGUUUGCUGUUCAAUUGGUAUACAGAGUGUUUGGUUACAAAGCUGCAGAGGGCGGACACCAAAUUCUCCAUAUGGCCAGCAACAAGCACCUCAAGGGGGAUGGUCUGGCAGUAAUGACACAAGCCAUGAUGAGUAAUUUGCAGAACCUAAUGUUGCACAGCAUAGGCACAUCUGCAGACGAAGGAACCUGGAUAGACGAGGGGUUGUUUAAUUACAGCUAUAAUAUUGUCUUCAGGGCCGGCUACUUAUCUCUAUUUGGCAAUGAGCCACACAACACAGAGGGAAAUGAGAGGAAAGCCAAAGAGAAAGACCGAGUUGAUUCACAAGCCUUAUUUAGCGAGUUUCGUAAAUAUGACCAACUCUUUCCCAACCUGGCCUACGGGAUCCUGCUGCCAAGGCAAAGGUUGGAAGUCGAGAGGCUAAUGGGAUUUUUCUUGGACAGUGUAUCAGUGCAGAAGAUAAAGUCAAGGGACAAUGUGAGUCGUUGGUUGUGGGACAUCCAGCAGGCCACAGAGGAGAUUGGUUCAGAGGAGACAAUGAGAAGCAGAUACAUGUUUGUGCUUCUUUGGGCCUCUCAGGGCAACACAGGGCCUUCUGCAUUCUGGCUGCUCCUUUUCCUCAUGAAACACCCAGAAGCCAUGGCAGCAGUGAAGGAAGAAGUAGAUACACUUCUGAAGGAAUUUGGGCAAGAAGUCCAACGUGGUGGGCCUUUAGUAAACCUGACCCGUGAAAUGCUGAUGAAAACACCAGUCCUGGACAGUGCUGUAGAAGAGACCCUCCGACUCACUGCUGCACCUGUCCUCACCAGAGCAGUGCUUCAGGAUAUGACCCUCAAGAUGGCUGAUGGGCGUGAAUACUUCCUACGAAAGGGGGACAAAAUGGCAGCCUUUCCUUACAGUGCCGUUCACAUUGACCCAGAGAUCCACCCUGACCCACAUGCAUUCAAAUAUGACCGCUUUCUCAAUCCAGACGGGACCAAGAAAACUGAUUUCUACAAAGCAGGAAAGAAGGUGAAGUACUACAACAUGCCCUGGGGUGCAGGGGUCUCCAUGUGUCCUGGGCGUUUUUUUGCUACCAAUGAGCUGAAGCAGUUUGUUUUCCUCAUGUUGGUUUAUUUUGAGUUUGAGCUGAAGAAACCCGAUGAGAAGAUACCUGGAAUCGACUUCAGGCGAUGGGGCUUUGGAUCAAUGCAACCCGACAGAGAUGUUCAGUUUCGAUACAGACUCAGAUAUUAAACGAAGCAAUGGUUAACAUCUUUCUGAUUAAAUGUUACCUGAUUUUAGACAUCACUGUAAGUACUUUGAAAAUUACGUAGGAAAAUUGUGAUUCUAGUAUUAAGGGUUAUUUUUCAUACUGUACCAAUUUUGAAUUUUAUUAGAGGUCUGUACAGGGGUGAGAAAAAAGAAGAAGAAAUAGCCGGUGUUAUCCAGCUGCUGUUGUAUAUGUAGGUCAUGAACUCGAUUGGAACGUCAUUCUGUUUGUUGCAAUAGAAGGUCAAGGUUGGGUUUUAUUCUGGGAAGUUCCGACCUCAAAUUACGUAAUUAUGUAAUUCACCCAAAUAACAAAAAGUCACAUUGAUGAUUAAUGUGACUGGCGUAGAAAUAUAUUGAUACACAAAAACACAUGUAUUUACAAAAUCUGAAUUUUGACCAAUUUGAACUCUUGUUAUAGUUCAUAUGUGUCACCUGGAAAUCUAAUUAUAUGCCUACUACUUUCUGCAAUUCAGGUUUCAUAUCUUACUGUACAUUUAUCUUCCUAAUUGAAAACUGAAGGAGUUUACCAAUAUUCUUAAUACAAUUAUACUAUUUUUCCAAGUUGGUGGUGGAGGAUGUGGAUUAUUGUGUUGAUUGUUGAACCACAGAAAUAAUACAAUGUUCCAAACUGUAUAGAAUAUAAUUGUAUGCCAUUCAGUAAUAAGACUGGGAUUAGAUAUAUUUCUGUAAUUGCUGUGCUGCAAUCCAAAAUAUGAUAUCUUGCUGUUGUAAUACAAAACAAUGAUUAAAAUACUUGUUCCACUAUGAGUUGGGAGAAAAUUACAACAUAACUUUUACAACUAACAAAUAAUAACAUUGUAUUUACUAUAAUAAUAAUAAACUUCAAAAUGAACACUAAA